CAUCAGUCACAGCUAGUGGGCAAGGCCAAAAACCCUCCACCAUCAUUAUUAACCAGCUGCCAACGGCUGCAGCUACAGUUUCCGUUCUCAGGUAAAAAAUAGGGAGUUUGAAGAGCAAUAAAAUAAAGGGCAGAAGAACGGACAUCUUCGUCACAGAGAGGCCAGUAAGAAGAAUCUGCAAUAAAUCAGCACAAAAACAGACAGAGCCAUGGUGGAAUACUACCAGAUAUUGGGAGUCCAAAGAAAUGCAACACAAGACGACAUUAAAAAAGCUUACAGAAAAUUGGCGUUGAAAUGGCAUCCAGAUAAGAACCCAGACAACAAGGAAGAGGCAGAGAGGCGGUUUAAAGAGCUGUCAGAGGCUUAUGAAGUCCUGUCAGAUGAAAACAAAAGGAGUCUUUAUGAUCGAUAUGGAAAAGACGGCCUCUCUGGUAGAGGAAACCACUAUGAUAACUUCAGCCAUGGUGGCGGCUUCACAUUCCGUAACCCAGAGGACGUUUUCAGGGAAUUCUUUGGUGGAAGAGAUCCGUUUGCUGAUUUGUUUGGUGAUGAUCCCUUUGAUGAUUUCUUUGGCGGGCGCGGUCGUCAAAGAGGUGCACACAGGAGCCGGAUGGGCGGUCCACUCUUUGGCUUUGGUGGCUUUCCAGCUUUUGGACCUGGUUUCUCAGGGUUUGAUACAGGUUUUAGCUCCUUUGGUGACAUGGGAGGAGGAGGAGGAGGAGGAUUUACCUCCUUUUCUUCCUCUUCGUUUGGAGGCGGCGGCGGAGGGAUGGGCAACUUCAGAUCUGUGUCAACUUCUACCAAGAUCGUCAAUGGCAGGAAAAUCACCACAAAACGGAUUGUGGAGAACGGCCAGGAGCGGGUAGAAGUGGUGGAAGAUGGUCAGUUAAAAUCCCUUACAGUUAAUGACAUCGCCCCCCAAGACCCGUUUGAGGAGGAGUUUCGCAGCCGCAGACACAACACGCUCCCCAGUUUGGGCCUGCAUCAACGCUACCUGAGGAACUCCGCCCAGAACCCCUCUGAGGAAGAGGAGGAGCACAGCCCGCAGAGCCUGGGACUAACGAGAGGACAUGUGGACACCAAAAGGAAGAAACUGUGGCUGAAGGAAGCGGAAUCCAAAAAGAAACGAGCUCCUCGACUCUUCCCACGUUUCAGUGGUUUUGGUACCUUUUUUUGAACAGUUCCUUGUUAUAUAUGGCAGCUGUGCCUUCGGCUGUACGUGGCAUUAGAGACCCAAUGGCUCCACAGCUGCGUCAUAGCUCUAUUUUUUUCUAUUAGUUCUAGCACGAAACAUUGUGUCCCUGCUCGUUUGAUUAACUGAAACAUCUAUUUGAGACCUCCGUUAAAUAUUUCGAUUUUUACAGGAUUCAUUGUAGUUUAACGGCUGUUGGUGGAGAUUAUUGUAUGAAUAAAGCACUAGGGAAGCCCUAACAAGUUCAAAUAAAGACUUUCAGAGUUCUGGGGCAGGAUAAAUUGAAGGGCAGCCCCUGCAUAAGGUUAAUAAAACUCUAUUUAACAGCAACAAGCAGGGGAAACCAACUCUCCACUGGAAGCACAUUCAUAAAAGCAAAAGAAGACAUGAUAAAGGUGCAAACGAGAGAUUUUUCUCUUUAAUAUGAUGCUGGUGCGCUUCCCAUUCAAAUUGCACCUUGAACAAUAACCAGUAUGCCCGAUACUAAACCUGCCUCUUCUAAUUGAAAUAAUAAAAAAGUUUAUAAGAUGACAGAUGCAUAGCUAGCGCAAAAAAUGUAGAAGAAGUAUCUUCUUAUUGAGCUUUCUUGGUUUCUGCUUGAUGCUUUAUACAUAUUUGAAAAGGUUCAGGUGGAAGAAGAAUCACAGGGGCAGCUCUGUUUGAAAUUAGCAGGAAGUUUGUGACACUGCACAGCAUGUGAGAGUCAGUGAAGGUCAAACCAUUUAAUGGAUCCAUCUUUAAUAAGAGACAAA